AUGUCUGAGCUCAAUGAAUCAACACCACCCGCAACUCGUGGAACUGCUUCGUCUAGUGACGGGGUUGCUAGCAACCAUGUGGCUGUUGUAAAAGGCAACAACAAUUCUCCCAACAUUUUCAUACGCUUUAUCCGUGCAGUAUUUGGCUACAGAAAGACUUCAUUGACCUUAUUUGUGAUUUUGACAAUUGCAUUCACUAUAUUGUUGUCAUAUAUUGAUAAUAAUCUCGAUUUGACUGUUAGUUUACCCACCGAUAGACUAGAAGUUGAUAUUCUAGACUCCUCAUGGUUGGAUUUACAAAACAUAGCCAAACAUGAACACACGUAUGGUUCCCAUGCCAACGAUCGUGUUCACGACUAUUUACAAACAAGAAUUCGUGAUAUAAUUAAAGAAAAAUCUUAUAUUGAGUAUGAAAAUGACUUGAAUGGGGAUAACAAAAUAUUGUUCAAGUCAGCUUCAGGAGAGCAAACGACAAUUUCUUACUACGAAAGUAAUAAUUUGUUGGUUAGAAUCAAUGGUACCGACAAAAACCUUCCUGCUUUGUUACUAAGUGCCCAUUAUGAUUCUGUUCCUUCUUCCUUUGGUGUAACUGAUGACGGUAUGGGAAUUGCAAGUUUAUUAGGGGUCUUGUCUUACUUUAGCGACAAAUCCACACAACGACCAAAACGUACAGUGAUAUUUAAUUUUAAUAAUGAUGAGGAGUUUGGUCUUUAUGGGGCUACUGCCUUUUUAUCACAUCCUUGGUUUGAACAAAUCAAGUAUUUUUUGAACUUGGAAGGUACUGGUGCUGGUGGUAAGGCAAUCUUAUUCAGAGGUACUGAUUUUGGAAUCGUCAAAUAUUUCAAGAAUGUAAGGUAUCCAUAUGCAACUUCAAUUUUCCAAGAAGGUUUCAAUAACCAUUUGAUCCAUAGUGAAACUGAUUACAAGAUUUACAAGGAAAUGGGAGGUUUGAGAGGUUUGGACUUGGCCUUUUAUAAACCCAGAGAUAUCUAUCACACUGCAAGUGACAGCAUCAAGAACAAUAAUAUCAAAUCGUUAUGGCACAUGUUGUCUAAUUCAAUUGAUUUUUCCAAGUUCGUCGCUGGGCAAGUGAUUGAUUUGGAUAAUGAGUCAGCUGAUGAACUGGAAAAGUCUAGUCAAGACUUUGCAUCAUAUGCCAGUUUCUUGAAUUACUUCUUCUCGGUCCCUGUCUCCACGUUGAUUGUUGUAAACACUAGUUUGCUUGUUUUGGUUCCACUUAUCAGUCUUGCUUUACUUUUGAUUAUUUUCAAAUACAAGAAAACUUGGCAAGUGACUACAGUUAAUGUUUUGAAGUUCCCACUCGCAGCCAUUGCUUCUGGUGUAGUUAUGAAUUUACUUGUCUCUGAUGGUUUCCAAAAAUUGAAUCAAUAUUUGCCCACUACUUAUCCAUUAUUAUUGGUGUACACUUCUGUCGCUAUCUUGUUGUUGUUGUUUUACGUCUUUUUGAAUGGAAUAAACUUGCUUUUUAGAAGUCAAAAGGUUUUGAAUCAUGAUGAGAAAUUAAUUGUCAUCAUAGAAAUCUCGUUGUUCUAUUGGAUUGCUUUAGUUUAUAUUUCCAGGAGCCUUUCUUAUAACAGGAUAGGUAAUGACCACACCGGAGAAUUCCCCAUCACGAUCUUGUUUAUUGUGCAAUCAGUAGCAGCUUUCCUUGGUUUACUUGGAUGGUCAUUUACUACUCCACAAACAACUGACGAAGAAGCAUCACAACCUUUGUUGGAAGGGAAUCAAGAAAGUUAUGGUACUGAAGAUCCUGAUGAUUUGACUCCCCAGUCCAGUCUUUUAGGAGAUGAAGAUGGAUUUAAAGGUUUGGUAAAGUAUCUUGGAUAUGAUUGGUCACUUCAAUUCUUAAUUAUUGUUCCACUUACUUCUUUGAUUGUGUACAAUUCAGGUUGGUUAGUAUUAGAUGGUGUGAAUAAAUCGAUUCAAGAAUCGCUUGCCGCUGAGAAUUUAAUCUACAAAAUCAUUCAACUUUUUGCAUUCUUCUGGGUCUUGCCAUACUUGCCAUUUGUGUUUAAAUUGAACAGAAUAAUUGUCUGGGGACUCACUUUAUUUGCUGCUCUGGGUGUUGUAUUGAUCUCCUUCCUUGAACCAUUCAAUAUCGCAAAUCCAUUAAAAUUAAGAUUCAUUCAAAAGGUUGACUUGACACAAUCAGAACAAGAUAGUAUUGUUCAAGUGUUUGGAAGAGAAGGUAUUUUCUAUGACAUUCUUGCUGAUAUUCCUUCUGUCAAGGAAUCCAAAGUUAGUGUUGCCUGUGAGAACAUUGUUGAUGGAAAUCAAGUUUGUUCAUACAAGAGUACUCUUCAACCGGAAAUCAUUCCUGGAGCAAAGGAUUUCCGUGAUUAUCUUCAAAUUGAAAUAGUUGAAGACUCUUCUUCUAGGUUACCUUAUGGAUUAUUGUACGGAGAAAUUAUAAUUAAAGCUCCUGAAAACCGAAUGUGCAAUUUACAAUUCGAUAAAAAGGCUAGUCAUUCUGGAAGAGACAAGUUCAAGGAUUCACCUGCUAAAACAGUUAUUGUAUUUGCGGACGAACCCAAGAACGUCUCAAGUGUUGCCCACAAUACUAGAAUGCUUCCGGAAGGCUUCUCCCGAGAUGAGGAUGGUAAUUACUUAUUCAAAGAUGUUGCUGGUAUAGACAACUUAUACCUUAACAAAUUAGAUUGGAAAAAGAAUUUCCGUAUUGGUAUACAGUGGUUACCAAACAUAAUCGAUUCACCAGACGAUGAAAUAAACAAGUUGGGGAUUUCAAUAGAGUGUUUCUGGGCAGAUAUGACUCCUGUUGAUGGAGGCAAGGAAUCUAGCUCGGCAAUUCCUGCUUAUAGAGAAUUGUUACAUUACAGUCCUAACUAUGUAAGUUGGGCAAACAGAGACCGAGGUCUUUUUUCAGUCUCCACCCAUGUGCAAGUAUAA